AUGGGUGGUGAGGUAACGUAUAAUGAAGUAGAAGAGGAAAAGGUGAGAAACGAGGAGGAGGAGGAGGAGGGGGAGAAAAUGGUAGUACGGAGGAAAUAUACGGCGGUGGUUGGAGGAGGGUUUCCUCCGACGACGAAUGUCGUCGUGGUGGGAUAUGCUCUUACAUCUAAGAAAACUAAAAGCUUUUUGCAACCCAAGCUUGAAGGUUUGGCUAGGAAUAAGGGAAUUCUGUUCGUUGCUAUUGACCCAAAUAAACCCCUUUCAGAUCAAGGACCCUUUGAUAUCGUGUUGCAUAAGUUAUCAGGAAAGGAAUGGCGACGCGUACUUGAGGAUUAUAGGAAAAACCAUCCUGAAGUCACAGUUCUUGAUCCUCCAGAUGCCAUACAGCACGUGCAUAAUCGCCAGUCUAUGCUUCAGGAUGUUGCUGACCUGAACCUGUCAAAUGCCUACGGAAAAGUCGGUGUCCCAAAACAAUUGAUAUUCAAGAAAGAACCAUCAUCAAUACCUGACGCAGUCAACAAGGCUGGGCUGAGGUUACCCAUUGUGGCAAAGCCCUUGUUUGCAGAGUCGCAUGAGUUAUCUCUAGCAUAUGAUGAAAUCUCCCUUCAGAAUUUGGAACCUCCACUUGUCUUGCAGGAAUUUAUAAAUCAUGGAGGUGUACUGUUCAAGGUUUAUAUUGUUGGGGAAGCAAUUAAGGUGGUCAGGCGUUUCUCCUUACCUGAUGUUAGUAAGCGUGAACUCUCUAAGAAUGCUGGUAUAUACCGCUUUCCCAGAGUAUCUUGUGCUGCUGCUUCAGCCGAUGAAGCAGACUUAGAUCCAUGUGUCGGUGAACUCCCUCCGCGACCAUUACUUGAGAAACUGGCGAAGGAACUACGUCGACGACUGGGCCUUCGGCUGUUCAACCUCGAUAUAAUUCGAGAGCAUGGAACUCUAGACCGUUAUUAUGUCAUAGACAUCAACUAUUUUCCUGGAUAUGGUAAAAUGCCAGAAUAUGAGCACAUUUUUACAGAUUUUCUUUUGAGUCUCGUACAAAGAAAAUAG